AUGGAGACCUUCAUACGGAAGCAAAUUGGGUUCAUAUGCGCUCAAACUAUACUUGCUCUGCUUCUCACUGUCAACUGGACCACCGCCAAGAACCCCAAAGAUGACUUUUGCCGAAGAUUUGCUCACCAAACAACGGUCAUUGACGACAAGCUCUACAUCGAUGGCGGCUGGGUCAACUUUGAUGACUUCCAACAAACUCACGAGAACUACUCCAAUACCUGGCUUUCAUACCAUGACCUCAACAACCUCGUCGAACGAGGCGGCGAUCUUUGGCCUGACCUGAAUAUCAGCCUAAGCAAGAACGACAGUAUUCCGAGCGUAAACGGCGGCAUACUCUGGGGCGACAGCGUCAACAAGCGAUUCUACCUCUACGGCGGCGAAUGGAACAACGGUUUCUCACAAGAGCCGUAUAGUCUGAUCAGCUACGACAUAAUCUACGACAAAUGGGACGACUUUGGAACGCCCGAUAUAACCCCUCCGCCGAAGGUAGCCUCGUACGGCGCUGGUGUCGGUGUCUCGGAGACUGGCAUGGGCUACUACCUCGGAGGAUGGAUAAGCAACGCCUCGAUGAGCGGAUGGACCGGCGACCGAACCAUGAGCUCCAACUUCUACACGUACUCGUACGACUCGGGAAAGUUCACACAGGCGGCUAGUCUUAGCAAACAGCCCAGAGCUGAAGGAGGCAUGGUCUGGAUACCUGCCGGCGACUCUCUCGGCCUACUUGUGUAUCUGGGAGGCAUUGUCGACCCUUAUGGUAACAACACGGAAGCUCCUCAGGCGUUCGAUGAAGUCUUUGUCUUUGAUGCCAAGGGAAACUCAUGGUCAACCCAGAAGACGACUGGAGAGAUACCGCAGAACAGGCGUCAAUUCUGCGUCGAUGUGGCGUGGGCACCAGACAAGUCUUCCUUCAACAUAUACCUCUGGGGAGGACUGAGCGUGCAACCCCCCGUUGUCAACGCAACCUCAUUCAACGACAUCUACAUCCUCACCCUCCCGUCGUUCAUCUGGGUGAAGGCAUACCCGGACCAUCACGGAAACGCUACCCUCCCACCAGAGUACGACCACUACAGCGCAUCAUGCAAUAUGGUCAAACACAUGUCACAGCUCUUCGUCAUCGGAGGCACCUACACCGACACAGACGCCUGCGAUCUAGCAUAUGAUGCCUGGUCAAUGCACAAUUUCUGGACUGGAACAAACAACAAUGCUGGGAAUAAUGAGACUUACUGGGCUAUUUACAACCCCAACAUCACUGAGAACGUCGUACCUGUCGAUGUGUACAAUGUCACUGGUGGAAACAAGAAAGGUGGUGCAAAACUCGUGGCCCCAAAGGAUGGUUUCGAUGAGGGAAACAAGCCGCUGCAGGACUUGCUUGGACGCAGGCCAGAGAUAGCAGAGCGCUCGCCAACACGAUCGAUCCCCUCUACGACGGGUACAUCAACUGCGUCGCCAAAGCCAACCGAGACAAACAGCCCUGAUUCGAAACUAGCUACAGGUGCUAUCGUUGGCAUUGCCAUCGGCGGUGCUGCAGGGCUAGCUAUCCUUCUACUCAUAUGGUUCUGUAUCGGCAAGAAAGUCAACCGCCGUCGUGAAGAGAGACGUCAAUCCUCAAUGACACAGAAUCAGUAUCAGGUCAACGGGGGCAACCUGAUACAUCCUCCCAGCACAGUCAGUCCGCUCACAUCGACAGGAUAUUGGGGCCAUGCAUCAGAGCCCGUGAGCCCGCACCAUAUGAGUCCUCACCAGUCCAUCUCCAUUUCACAAGUACCUCCUACAGAGCUUCCUGCAGAACAGCAUGGCAAUGGAUAUGGUGCGAACGAGCUCCCUCAGUAUGAAGUUGGUAGGAAGACACCUGUCUCGCCUGGUGUGUCUUCCCCGAGUUGGUCUCCUGGUCCUCCUUCGAGCUAUACACCAGAGAGACAUCACCAGUGA